AUGUACCAGGUUGAUAUGCUAGCCAUUUUUGAAACUCGAAGCAGUGGGGUAAAGGCAGAAAAAAUAGCCAAUCAAUUAGGAUUCCCAUAUGUAGAAAUUAUAGACGCAGAAGGCUUUAGAGGGGGAGUAUGGUGCCUUUGGACUGAGAAGGUUGGGAGGGUGGAAGUACUAGUGAAAAACCCACAAUUUAUCCACCUCAGAAUUUUAAAUCAUCAACGACAAUUCUGGGAGCUUUCGUUGGUUUACGCCAGCCCAAACCCAAUUAUACGUCGCGGACUGUGGAGGGACCUCGAGACGCUUAGCCAACAUAUUCAGAACCCUUGGUGUAUAGGGGGUGACUUAAAUGCAAUCUUACUAGGGAGUGAACGACGAUCAGGCAGGGGUAGCAGUGGGCCUGACAAGGAGUUUCAACGUUUUACUUUAGAAGUUGGACUCAAUGAUCUGGGUUUUGUUGGACCACCGUUCACUUGGAGACGAGGCGAUGUGGAGAGCAGAAUUGACAGGGUGCUUAGUUCGGACGCAUGGAGUGAUUGCUUCCCCAACGCAAGCGUCACGCACUUACCAUGGUUUAAGUCGGACCACAGAGCACUACUACUAUCGCUAGAUGGUUUGGCACCACGAAGAAAGCCUGACAGACCCUUCCGUUUCAUUGCUGCGUGGGUGUUGCAUGAAAACUUCACAGAUUUGGUAAAACAGCAUUGGGGUACAACGGAUUCAUGGAGUGAAAACGUGGCUCACUUCACAGAAGCAUGUCGUGACUGGAACCGAAAGGUUUUUGGACAUACGGAACGGAGGAAAAGACACAUUAUGAGACGACUUCAUGGUAUCUCAAGGGCGGAAUCCCGCUACGGAUUGACACCUGAACUCGAGACUCUACAAACACAACUUUGGCAGGAACUUGAGGAAGUCUUGGUACAGGACUCCCUGCUAUGGGCUCAGAAAGCUCGUACUGACUGGGUGGUGCAUGGAGACCGCAAUACGAGGUACUUUCAUGCUAGAGCCAAUGGAAGAAGACGACAAAACCAUAUUGGGGCCGUUAGAAACUCCGAGGGUGUCUGGGUAUAUGAGCCUGACUUGUUAAAAAACAUGGCAACAAAUUUCUUUUCUGCGCUUUUCACUGAUGAAGGGAUCAAUAGAGCGCCUCUGUCAUGCAGUGUUAAGUAUCCCCCGCUUGACUCGGUAUACCUUAGAGCUCUCGAAAAGCCGGUGGAAAACGUAGAGAUAAGAGACGCAAUCUUCAGCAUGGGAGCUCUGAAGGCCCCGGGGCCGGAUGGUUUGAACCCGUUUUUCUAUCAAAACCAAUGGUCACAUGUUGAACACUCGGUCUACAGUAAAAUUCGAAGACUGGGAGGAACCUACGGAGAUAGAAAGUGUUAA